AAAUGUUAAAAAAAAUAAAAAUUAGCCAUCUACAAAUGAUUAUUAAAGCAGUGUGCAUAAAUGAGUGAAGAGGCUUGGAUGGAGCCUUGAAUGCUUACUGACCAGGUUAGGGGAAGAUGAAUCUGCACAGAAGAUCCAGGAGGACUGUCCAGAGAGGAAGGAAAACCAGAAGAAAAGAUGCUGGAACCACAGAAUGGCUUGAUUGACCUACCAGAUUAUGAGCAUGUGGAAGAUGAAACUUUUCCUCCUUUCCCACCUCCAGCGUCUCCACAGAGAGAAGAUGGUGAGGGAGCUGAACCUGAUGAAGAGUUAGGGAGAGGAGCACCUGUUCCUGUACCUCCAAAGAGAACAGUUAAACGGAAUAUACCCAGGCUGGAUGCUCAGAGAUUAAUUUCAGAGAGAGGGCUUCCGGCAUUACGGCAUGUGUUUGAUAAGGCAAAAUUCAAAGGUAAAGGCUAUGAGGCUGAAGACUUGAAAACGCUAAUCAGACACAUGGAGCAUUGGGCACAUAGGCUCUUCCCUAAACUGCAAUUUGAGGAUUUUAUUGACAGAGUUGAAUACCUGGGAAGUAAAAAGGAAGUUCAGACUUGUUUAAAACGAAUUCGACUUGACCUUCCUAUUUUACAUGAAGAUUUUAUUAAUAAUAAUGAUGAAGUAAGAGAAAAUAAUGUACAUGAUGUAGCUGCUACCGAAUCAGAUCCCUUUUUGACAAGCUCAUUGGAAAGUGAGAAGUUUGCUUCUGAGUCCAGUAGAAGCCUCACAGAAGAAGAACAACAGAGAAUUGAGAGAAAUAAACAACUGGCCUUGGAAAGAAGGCAGGCAAAGCUACUGAGUAAUAGUCAGUCCCUCGGAAAUGACUCAUUAGCGAGCAUACCCGGGGCAGAGACCAUUGAAGAGGUUAAUACAGGGGAAGAUCAAGAGGAGGAGUCAUCAAGCAGAUUUGACAAAGACAUUCUCGACAGUCCACACAAUGAUGCUGCUGCCAAUGCUGUAAAUGAAGAGGAGGAAUUAAAAAUAGAGAAAACACAACUGGACCAAUCCUUUUAAAAUGUAUAGUGGUAACUUUAUGCUUUAUCUGGGAAUGUCACUGAGGUUGGACAGCCCUCAACUAAGAGAAAAGCUGUUAACUUGCUAUCCUCUAAGUUUUAGAUUACUAUGUAUUUUGUCUACUUGGUGUGAAAAUCCUCAUGUAGUAAGACUUUCACAGAUUCCUGUUUAAAAUCUGGUAUUAUAAUUA